GAUAUUUGAAUUAACUUUUCCGACGGACUUUUGGGACACCCUGUAAUACACACAACCGAGCUUAUAAUAGAUGUAACAGAAUAAAUGAUGAUCUCAUUAUUUUGAUUGUAAAUUUUUCAUUCAAUUUUCUAUAAAAAAUGAAAAAAAUAUCUAACAUAAUCUUUUAACUAUCUAAAUAAAUUAAAUUAUGUUUUAAUAUAAAUAAAAAUAUUUCUCAAAAUGAUAAUCAAUUUGAAUAUAUUCAGAGAAUAUAUAUUUAGUUCAUAUUAAAAGAAAAUUUCAAGCUUAAGUACAAUAUUAUCAAAUAAAAAUCUUUUAUUUUAUAACAAAAAUUGAAUGAAAAAAAAUCUUUCAUAUAGAAAUAUUAACAUAAUUUUACAAAUAUAAUAUUAUUCUUAAAUUUAAAACUUUGUUUUUUUUUUUUUUAGUUUAUUACAAAAAAAAUCUUCUAAAAUAAUAACAAUUGAAUCAAAAAUACAAUCAACAAUAACACCAUCAAUUUAUAUUGAUCCAACAACACAUAUUCGUAUAGGUACACUUAAUUAUACACCAAAUGAAAUAAAAACAAAAUUAAAUUCAAUAAAAUUUAUUCGUUUAUUUGAAAUUAAUAAACAAUCAAUAUCAAUACCAACUGAAUGGUGUACAAUGGCUAUAUUAGUACAUAAAUCUGAUAUUAAACAAGCAAGUAAUGGUUCAACAUAUAGUAUAUGGCGUAUAACAGAUUUUAAAACAACAAUAAAUAUGUUUCUAUUUGGUGAUGCACAUCAAACAUUAUGGAAAACAACAUUAUCAAGUGUUUUACUUAUAUAUGAUAGUGAUACAAAAAAAUCUGGACAAUUAUCAAUAAAAUAUGAAAGAAAUAUUUGUAUUCUUGGUUCAAAUCCUGAUUUAGGACAAUGUAAAUCAAAAACAAAAUCUGGUGAACAAUGUAAAAAUUUAAUUAAUCGAUAUGAAUGUGAAUAUUGUGUUACACAUGCUCAUCAAAUACAUAAAAAUAAUCAACAAAAUACAAAUAAAUUUAAUAUUAAUAAUAUAUCAAGAAUGAAUUUACAAAGUACAGGUUCAUAUGUACCAAAAAAAUUUGCUAAUCUUGCUAGUAAUGAUAAUAGUUCAUCAUUAUCAUGGUCAAAUAAAUCAACAUCAUUAAAAAAAUCGAAUGAUACAUUAAAAACAACUGGAAAUUCACUUAAUAAUAAAGAAAAAUCCAUGCUUGUUAUGUUAGGUAUUGAAGAUGAUCCAUUAAUAUGUGUACGAACUCAAGAAACUAAAGGUUUAGCUGAUUCAAUGGCUGAUGUUCGUGAUCUCUAUCAAGCUAAACAAGCAGCUGGUAAAACUAAAAAAAGAUACAAGAUGAAACAAAAAAUCGAGAUCAAAAUGAUACAACAACUUCAAUUCGAUCAUAUCCAUUGGCUGCAUCAACAUCACCUCCACGAGAAUUAA